AAUGUCAACUGUGUUUUGAGAACUUGCAUUUGGUCGAAAUAAAUAUGGCAGUUAUUGAGGCUAAAUAGCAUUUGGGAACGUUGGUCUUUUGAGUGUUGUCUUUGUCUCCUGAGCGCCGACCAGCACCGAUCCUUUCAAUAAAACAUUUUUUGGCGUUGUCGGCAGGAUCGUGCAGGCUACGCGCAGGAGAUAAAAACAGGAUGUGUCGUUUUAGAAGGAAAACUAAGGGUGCGCAAGAGGCACCAGAGGAGGAGGUGGUGGCCGGGUGGGAAGGCAUCACUUUCUGAGAGAUAGAAGCUGUCUUACGGGAGCGUGGGGGGCGCCCCGGACCGUGGACAGGAGUGAAUCCCGUUGCCACGCCGCUGGCAUUAUCUGAUAUGUUGAGGCGGGUGGAUGUGAAUGCUCGUGCUCCGCUGGGAGGCACGCAGCAGAUGUUGUGGAGAAAUAAGGGCGCGCAAGAGGCACCAGAGGAGGAGGUGGUGCCCGGGUGGGAAGGCAUCACUUUCCCAGAGAUAGAAGCUGUCUUACGGGAGCGUGGGGGACGCCCCGGACCGUGGACAGGAGUGAAUCCCGCUGCCACGCCGCUGGCAUUAUCUGAUAUGUUGAGGCGGGUGGAUGUGAAUGCUCGUGCUCCGCUGGGAGGCACGCAGCAGAUGUUGUGGAUGUGUGCGGAAGCUUGGAAAAAUUGCGUGUUGGAGUUGGAUAAGGUUAGAAGCACAGAAAAUCAAAAGGCGCAAGAGGUUAUCCAGCUAGAGGUUAUAGUGAAAGAAUUAAAGGAGCAUUUGGCAAAAAUGCAGAGUAUAACGGAAAGAGCUGUACUGCAUAUCUCCUGAGUGGUGCGAAGAGGGCGAAAGAAGAAACCUUGUAAAAUAGAACAAGCGCAAAUCCGUUCAUUCACCACUGGGCUGUCAGCGCAGUGGAAUCCGGAGGAGUGGAACAGGGAUAUGUGGGGGGAUAAGACCGGACCCGCCACCACAGACUGGGUUGUAUCCCUCGUUAAAGGGGUUGCAGAUACACCCUUUCACAUGACGAAAAGAGCAGCGACGCGUGAGACCAGAUCGAACCCAGGAUCUGAUGGGGGCGGACGGUCAACCAAUUCCGGAUGAAAAUGGCGAGCGAGUGCGAGGGCCGGUCCCACAAGCGCAGCCAGAGCCAGAAUUGUUCAUGACUAGAGAAGAUUAUACACAGGUCGGCAUGGUUGUUUUGGGAGUAUCAAGAUGGCGGAGGGCGACUACAGUUUUGGUGGCCAAUGAGCCGUCCAGUCUUUUUUUGUUUGUUUUUGUUUAGAUCAGUGCAUUAAACAGUGAGGAUAAUGCAGUAUAGGAAAUGAAUGAACGUUCACUUUUGCACAUAAUACUGCUUACAACCAUACUCUUAUCGUGCGUGUAUGUGUUUGUACGCAUGUGUGCGCGCGCGGGUGUUGCCUUUCUAUCGUGCGUGUACGUGUUUGUGCGCGCGCGGGUGUUGCCUUUCUAUCGUGCGUGUACGCAUUUGUACGCGUGUGUGCGCGCGUGGGUGUUGCCUUUCUGCAACUGUUUCAAUAGACCUAACGUUACAAAGAUCUUUGUUUACCGAAAAAGCUAUCCAAAUACUAUAUUGUAUGCUUGUCAUAUCUUCUGAAUAAUGUGCACUAUGUUUGCAUGUACAGUUUUACAAAGGAUGCACCGGUUCCUUUUUUGUUAACUACGACUGUGUCUUUUGAAGUAUAUGAUAUGGAAAUUUAUUGGGAUAAAUCAGUUCAAACAGUAACAGCGUUAAUAGAUACCGGGGCGGAGGCCUCAAUAAUUUAUGGAAAUCCAGAGAAAAUGAAAGGACCCCUAGUACCAUUAACAAAACUAGGAGGAAAAGUGAUUUAUGGAACACAUGUAAACUUACCUUUGAAAAUAGGAAAUAUGCCUACAAAAACAUAUAUGGUGAUUAUAACCCCUAUCCCAGAGUGGAUAGUGGGCAUGGACAUAUUAGCCGGAAUGACACUUUAUUUGACAGCCGGGAGAUUUGAAUUCGGAGCAAAUCCACUGAAAAUACAUGCAAUAUUGGUGGGUAAAGUAAAAAUGCCACCUUUUCCGAUACCACAAGCUACACAGGUAGUUAGUCAAAAGCAAUACCGGAUACCUGGAGGACAGGAAGAAAUUUCGGCGACCAUUAAAGAAUAUUUAGAAGCUGGUGUAUUGAAAACAGUGACGACAAACUGGAACAAUCCGUUGUGGCCACUCAGGAAAUCAGAUAACUCUGGGAGGAUGACAGUAGACUACAGAGGAUUGAAUAAACCCACACCUGCAUUGACUUCCGCAGUGCCCGACGCAGUGACAAUUAUAGAACGAGUGCAACAUCAUCCCGGAAUGUGGUAUGGGGUCAUAGAUUUGGCUAACGCAUUUUUCACUAUUCCUAUUCCUGAGGAUAGGAUGAAUCAAUUCGCGUUGACCUGGGAAGGGCGCCACUCCACGUUUACCAGACUACCACAGGGUUAUUUACAGUCCCACAAUCUGCCACUGGGUGGUAGCAGAGCACCUGGAAAAGCUAAAAGUUCCUAAGGAAAUAAUGAUACUUUAGUUGGGGAGAAGAACAACAGCGAUCAUUUGAUAUGGCGAAGGAAGCGAUACAGCAAGCAGUGUCACUGGGAAAAAUUAAAUCGGGACCGGUAGAAUUGCAGGUGCCGGCGUUAAAUGAAUACGCUAACUGGAGUUUGUGGCAAAAGCAAGAUAGGAUACGUAAACCUUUGGGAUUCUGGUCAAGAAAGCUCCCAGAAGCAGGCCUAAGGUACACACCUUUUGAAAAGCAGCUAUUAGCAUGCUAUUGGGCAUUGGUUUAAACUUAGGCUCAAACGGCGGGCCACGAGGUGUUAAUGAGAACACAUAUAUCGAUUUUGACAUGGGUGAAAGGUAACCCGACGACACAUAGAAUAGGAACCGCACAGGAAGCUAGUAUUAUCAAAUGGAAAUGGUAUGUGUCUGAGUGAAUUAAAAUAGGGGAAAAAGGAGUCUCUAUGUUGCAUGAACAAGUUGCAGAUGCUCCGGAGGAUGGAGAGACGCCGUUCGAGGUACAUCCUCUCGAAGAGUCUCCCGUAAAGGCUGGAAAACGAUGGGACGACCUAGAUAAGGAGGGAAAAGAGCGUGCUUGGUUCACUGAUGGGUCGUGCCAAUACAUUGCUGGUAAACGGCGAUGGAAGGCUGGGGCGUUGAACCCACAACUCGGACAAUCCCUAGAAGAAUUAGGAGAAGGAAAGAGUAGUCAGUGGGCUGAAUUGAAGGCAGUACAUAUGGUAAUUAUGCAAGGAGGGCCGCAAGGACUCUGCAUAUUUACAGACUCGUGGUCAGUAGCCCAGGGGCUUCUUACGUGGAUGCCCACAUGGCAUGCCACGGGGUGGAAAAUUCAUUCAAAAGAAGUUUGGGGAAAAGAGUUGUGGGCGGACAUUUGGGAAAAAGCUAAAACUAUUCCCAUCACUGUGGUGCAUGUGGAUGCACACACUAACAGAGGAGACUCAGAAGCUCUCGAUAACAAAGCUGCAGAUCAGCUAGUAAAAAUCAUGACAGAAGUAAGAGAGUCUUGCCCAGGAUUAGCUAGAUGGGCUCAUGUUAAAGCAGGACAUUGGGGAGUACAAGGAACUCUCCAGUGGGCUCGAGACGGGGCAUAGAUCUGAAGUUCGACGAUGUCAGAACCGCUAUUGCAGAAUGUGAAGAAUGUCAACAUCAGAGGCGAGGUGUUCCUCAGCAUGUGGCAGGACAGCUACACAGGGGUAAAACCUCCGGACAGAUCUGGCAGAUGGAUUUUGUUGGACCACUGCCACAGUCGCAGGGCUGUAAAUAUGCCUGCACCGCAGUAGACACAUUCUCAGGGGUUCUGGUAGUUCAUCCCAGUAAAACAGCAAAACAACAAAGCACAAUACGAUGUUUAGAAGUAAUACAGGGGUAUUAUGGAACACGAGUUCAAAUACAGACGGAUAAUGGAACGCAUUUCACAGGGAAUGUGGUAAAAGAGUGGGCAAAGACUCACCAUGUAGAAUGUAUCUAUCACAUUCCCUAUUAUCCGCAGGCUGCUGGGCUAAUAGAGCGAAUGAAUGGAAUUCUUAAGGAAACAUUGAAAAAGCUAUCUCGAAACAGAACGCUGGACAAAUGGUGCAAAGACUUACCCGAGGCGGUGAAUCAGAUUAAUAAUAGACCGCUUGGGUCGGGAAUAACGCCCUUAAUACGAAUGAUAAUGGGGGAACCGGUACAAAAUUCCAAUGGGGAAAUUAAAAUGUGGAAAAUUUAUCUUCAAGCUGAAAUUCCCGUACGAGCUACUCCAGGCUCAGCGGGAUUGGAUUUGAAAAUCCUCACAAACAUCACUCAGGUUCCCAAUGAAAUCCAAAUAGUGAAAACAGGAUUGGGGCUCCAAUGUCCACCAGGGACAUAUGGACACAUUCUACCACGAAGUGGGUUAUCACUAAAAGGGUUAACAAUUCAAGCCGGAGUAAUUGAUGCGGACUAUCAAGGAGAAAUUGGAGUGGUAUGCAAAUUAUUAGCAGAACAGCCCCUUACAUUGGAAAGAGGGGACAAAAUUGCUCAAUUGAUAGUGAAGCCUUGCCUUGUAACCAAGGUAAAAGAAAUACCUAAACCUGUGAUGAUAACCACCAGAGGGGAGGGAGGAUUUGGCUCCACUGAUUUGGCAGGGGCAAAAGUUUGGGUAAAACAGCCAGACGGUCCUCCCCGAGCAGCAGAAAUUAUAGCUCAAGGGCAAGAUGCUACUGUGAGCGUCUUAUAUCCUGGAGAGGAAAAAUGGGUAAAUGUACCGGUGUCAAAAUGUUAUACAAGAGAGAACUAAUCACAUGUUUGUAGUAUGCACUAUUUGUCGUAACACAGAUGCCGUGGUGGUAUUUGCUGAUUGGAAGACCAUCAUCGGAGAGGCGCCAUGGCCGGACCAGGGAAAACCGAGGGCACAAGAGGUGGCAGUGUCGUCUGCUGGGUCAUGCGUAUCCUUGUCCUUGGUGCCAUGGUCCAACUCUGCUGCGCAAUGACGGAGGGUGAGAAACUGGAGCAGGUCCAGUGGAGUGGCUCCGCAUAAGAUGGAAAAGAAGUACCCGGGACCGUACUCAAGGAGGCUACACCUGUCCAGCUUACCAAACUUGCGACGUGGUAAACGUCACCAGCAAUUGUCAGAUGUGGAAGUGCAAAAGGUGCCUUGGAGGGAAGGACAUUCCGGUGGUGGAACAAGGAUGCAACUUAACCGUUACCUCAGUAGUCCCCAUGUGCCACUACAACAGGACGACCGAGACCUGCAAUGAGCACAACUGGACGAGGUGCACAAUUACCGUAAAGGAAACUCUGAUUUUUUUAACAGCGCUGAAAUCUCGGGACGGAACACAUUUUUGUAUAUAAUAUGGGUGUUACCUGGGAAACCUAAUGCUAUAAGAACACACAUAGCACCAGUAUUAGAUACCUGUACACACAUGGCACAAGCCAGGGUUAAAACCCGAGUAUACUGGGAAAUAAAAUUCCCCGAUAUACCACACUGUACACGAAGACGUAGAGCUUGGUAUGAUACUCUCUUAGGAGGAACGGGAACACUGUUUGGUGUAGCUAAUGCUGCAGAUAACGAAGUAACCAGAACAAUGUUAUCUAACACAGGGCAACAUGACAGACGGGGUUACUUUUGGUCACAAACACUAGCAAAGGAUUUCAGAACCCAACAUCCAGCAGCCAGCCAAACCAGUUACGCUUUCUUAGUCACAUGACGUGACGCGAAGUGGCGUCCCAGCCGAGCAUGCGCAUUAGUCGUCUGCCGUAUUGGGAAGUUUGACUGCGUGUAGGUGUAAUCAAUCUGUUUUUAUAUUGUUUUGUCACUGUUUCUUCGCUUGGAAUUUGAUCCCCAUGAUCAAGCAAGGCAUGGCAGGCACUUCUGCCAAGUGUAAACAUGUUGACACCCAGCCAGCUGUCGAAAGGAAUCGUUACAAGGAGAAACUUGUGCUGGUUGAUGGAGUUGACCCUUAUGAGUUACCCAAAAAGGAAUGGAAAACAGACGUGAAAUACUAUCCAUCUGUAAGUUACCCCGACAUUGUGAACGAUUUUAUCUUCACUCCAAGUGUUUAUACCAUGGAUGACCUGAAAGCUGACAAGAGCAUGCAUGCAUACAAUCAGUUUGUGUGUGGCUGGGUUCGCGAUGUGGGAGCUGUUGUCAGGAAUGGCUACCAACUAGUCAGUGGAAAGGUUCUCCAUUCCCAAGCAUUGCGAAAAAAUCCCCUUUGGCCUUGGGUGAUUGCUGAACAAAGUGGGAAAAUUGUUGCUGCACAUUGGAACUACAAAACUGGCCUGGGAAAAGCUUGCUCACAUGUUGCAGCACUGCUGUUUUGGGUUGAAGCCAACAUCAGGAUACGGGACUCAAAGACUGUCACACAAGAGAAAGCAUACAGGAAGCUGCCAACAUGUUUAAAGGAUGUGGAGUAUCGUCCAAUUGGGGAAAUUGACUUUACUUCAACAAAGACACCAAAUGCAUAGUGCCCAUGAAGUUGGUGCCAAUGUGGAUGCCAAUCACCAUUUUCAGACUCAGAUCAAUUCAUUUCCAAGUUCUCUGCAACAAUAGCAUCCUAUAUCUAACCAAUCCAUAGUCCUCCUCAAAAGUUGUCAAUACAAAAAAAAAAAUCACGAACUACCUACCGAGCCUAGUUUUCUUAGUCUGUGAUAGCGGGAACAACAUUAUUUUUCUUUGGCCUUAUCACAAUGUUUUGACCAUAUAAAUGUGCUGUACCCAAUGCUAUGUAAGUGCGUGUCAUGAUCCUGCCUUCCUGUCCUGGCUGGGCGUGGCCAGCACACUGGAGCUGAUUAGGAGGCGCACACCUGCGCCUCACCUUGACUGAUUAUAGUCGCUAUUUAUAGGACCCUGGGGACAACUGGUCUUCGCCAAAUCGUUGCUUCUCAUGCCUCGUUCCCGCACUUCCGUACUCCUGACGCCAACCUCCCGUGUACUGACUAACACCUGUCUCCCGACCUACCCCGUAAGCCUGCCGUUACUGAUCCUGCCGCUUGUUUGGACUGACUCCCUGGUAACUGACACUGGAACGAAUAAAGGCUUAUU